GUAAUUUAGGCGAGGGACCUAGAGUCAAGGGGCGAACUGGGGAACAGGCUCGGCAGUGGGCUUCUAAGCGGGUGUCUUGUAAAGACAGCACAGAUAGGGCGGGGAACGGGAGUGACGCCUUUUUCGACUUUGUAUGUGUACCCUACACAUUGUAUGUGCAGUUUGUGUAUGCAGAGGGGAAAUGAAACUAAUGUAAGCCAACAUUUGGAAACCGUGAACCUUGGCGAUGAGAAGAAAUUGAAUUUCCAUUGGUCUCCGUGUGUCGCGCAUUCGGACUCCGACUCUGGUGAUGCCUGUGGUGUGGGGAUCGCCGUGCAUCUCAGGAAAACAGGGCGUCGGAGGAUGAUGGUAGUCAAAACAUCAUCAUGGCAAACGGAACCGGCACUAUUAUGUUGAAAUGCGUUGUGGUUGGUGACGGUGCUGUGGGCAAAACGUGUCUGUUGAUGAGCUAUGCCAACGACGCCUUUCCAGAGGAGUACGUACCCACUGUGUUUGACCAUUAUGCAGUGAGUGUCAACGUUGGCGGGAAGCAGUAUUUAUUGGGAUUGUACGACACAGCUGGUCAGGAGGACUAUGACCGCUUGAGGCCUUUGUCGUACCCCAUGACUGACGUCUUCCUGAUCUGCUACUCUGUGGUCAACCCGGCCAGUUUCCAGAAUGUGAGGGAAGAGUGGGUCACCGAGCUACAGGAGUAUGCCCCCAGUGUCCCAUACCUCCUCAUAGGCACUCAGAUUGACCUUCGUGACGACCCCAAGACCAUUGCCAAACUGAAUGACAUGAAGGAGAAGCCCAUCACCACAGAGCAGGGCCAGAAGCUAGCAAAGGAGAUUGGCGCGUGUGUCUACGUGGAAUGCUCAGCUCUCACCCAGAAAGGACUGAAAACUGUGUUCGAUGAGGCCAUCAUCGCUAUCCUGACCCCCAAGAGGAAGAAGGGUGCCCUGAAGAGAAGACUGGGGCCGCGCUGUAUCAACUGCUGCCUCAUCACGUGAGAGAGAUGGGAACGUCCAAUAACACCUGGGUCAUUUUCAUUAGGGCAUGCAACAGGAAAUGUUUUAAGACAUGUCGAAACAAAAAAAGCUUCUUUUUUUUAUUGGACAAGAUCCCCAGCCUGUUUCAGACAGUUUUUCUUCCAUUUGGUGAUGAAUACACCCCUGAAUAGAAACCAGAACGGAUGACAGAGACAGAGGUCAUAAGAAGGGGAAAACGACUGAAGGACCGAAAUGGACAAAUGAGGACCCUAUUUUUAGUUCAGGGCUCUUGAGCGGUUUUGUCUCUCCUGCUGUCGACCAAUGGAGUUGGGGGGGGGCAGCUUUACUACCAAAGGAGCAUAACACCCAGGUCAACAACGCCCUUGAGUAAGAAUUUAUUUGCCUUCAAAAGUAUGUUAUUUUUUAAAGUUUUUUUUUAAUGGUUUUCCUGUACAAAAAUAUGUAUCAAGCUGUCAGAAAACAGAGGUAUCAUUGUGUCCAUUUAACUCCUGAUAUGUCUAUUUUUUUUGUACUGUCUGCUGUAGAAAUGAAUGAAUGGGUGCAUUGCAUUUAUUUAAAGCGCUUUCCAUCAGGCCUCCACGUGCUUUACAUUAUGUUUUUGGUAACUCACCUUAGCCACCACCAAUGAAAUGCAUACUGUUUAAAAAAUAUAUAUAUUAUAAUACUUUGAUCCCAUCUAGUAUGGGGAGUUUUUUAUGAUCCCACAUUUUAGGACAUGAUCUGCUUCUUUUGCUCAGCUUGCAGUGCUAAUAUUAAAAAUGUUGGAUUUAUUUGUCAGUAGCCCAAUGGUGCUGAAAUAAUUGAAUUGACACACCUGUAUGGGAUACAGGGAUGUGGGGAGAGCGGCACAAACAUAUCUCCAGCAUCAACAUUAAGCACAGUCCACAAACCUAUCCCUGUACAUUAAAGCACAGUCCACAAACCUAUCCCUGUACAUUAAAGCACAGUCCACAUACCUAUCCCUGUACAUUAAAGCACAGUCCACAUACCUAUCCCUGUACAUUAAAGCACAGUCCACAUACCUAUCCCUGUACAUUAAAGCACAGUUUAAAAAAUCAAGGUGUCUUGGUGUCCUAAAAAAAUUCACCCCCUCCCCAGUGUUACAAAUAUUUUCACAUGAAAAAAAUUGCACACUCUCCCCCCUCAUAGAAUUAGCUCAAAAUAAUGUUUACGACCACCAAUGACAAUAACUGCGGAUGCCCUGUGUUUUAUAAACGCGGAUAUCGACUUCAACUUCAGCGUGCUUUUUUAAAACUAUUUUAUACAUUGUAGAAUAAUAGUGAAGAUAUCAAAACUCUGAAAUAAUACAUGGAAUAAUGUAGUAACCAAAACAGUGUUAAAGAAAUCUAAAUAGUAGCAACCUUUGGCCUUGAUAACAGCUUUGCACACUUGGCAUUCUCUCAACCAGCAUUAUGAGGUAGUCACCUGGAAUGCAUUUCAAUUAACAGGUGUGCCUUAAGUUAAUUUAUGGAAUUUCUUUCCUUCUUAAUGCGUUUGAGCCAAUCAGUUGUGUUGUGACAAGGUAGGAGUGGUAUACAGAAGAUGGCCCUAUUUGAAGACAUGAAGGUCAAUCAAUCUGGAAAAUUUCAACAACCUUAACUUUCUUCAAAUGCUGUUGCAAAUACAAUUAAUCAUUAUGAUGAAACUGACUCAUGAGGAAAGGAAGACCCACUGCUGCAGAGGAUAAGUUCAUUAAGAGUAAACUGCACCUCAGAUUGCAGCCCAAAUAAAUGCUUCACAGAGUUCAUGUAACAGACACAUUUCAACAUCAACUGUUCAGAUGAGACUGCAUGACUCAGGCCUCGAAUUGCUGCAAAGAAACCACUACUAAAGGACAUCAAUAAGAUGAAGAGACUUGCUUGGGCCAAGAAACACGAGCAAUGGACAUUAGACCGGUGGAAAUCUUGAGUCUCCAAAUUUGAGACUUUUGGUUCCAACCUCCAUGUCUUUGUGAGACUCAGAGUAGGUGAUCGGAUUAUCUCCGCAUGUGUUCCCACCGUGAAGCAUGGAGGAAGAGGUGUGGGGGUUCUUUGCUGGUGACACUGUUAGUGAUUUAUUUAGAAUAUAAGGCACAUUUAACCAGCCUGGCUACAGCAGCAAUACACCAUCCCAUAUGGUUUGGGUUUAGUGGGACUAUCAUGACUAUCAUCAGUCAUCAGCUAGCAUUCUGGCUCACACUGGACAUGUAGUAGCCAACUAGUUAGCUAGCUAAGUAUUUGUGGAUACCAAAAGACACAGCUAUCAAGAUUUGGGAGCUCAUGGGCACACAAGCUACAUUAGCCAACUUGUUAGAAAUGAUUACACCACGGGCAAGAAUAUCUGGUGACUAGUUCGUUUUCAGACAAAUAAUAGUUUAUCCGCUGACCACCACGUUUAGGAUGAUAGCUAAUUACUGAAAAAUAGCUAGCUAAAUCACUGGCCAGGCAGUAGCCACCAACUAACGUUAAUCGUGGACGCAUUAACUUGCUCAUAUCAAGUUUGUGGAAAAGUAAACAACCAUUUGUGGGCAUUUUUUUUUAAUGAUCAGACAUAUAAACAGAAAUAGAUUGUUGCUAGAUGGUGAUGCUUUCAUUUAUUUAGUGAAUAAGCUGAAGCUGAGUUUUCCAAUUCGUUUGUUCGGCGCUAACUGCUCAUGCUAGCGGCACGAUCUAGCUAAACAGACGUCUCUGUAGAGCAUCGGUGUGACGUCACACUCAGGAAGGCUCAACCAAUCACCCGGCGGGUUCUAUAUCAAGACUCAUGAAUAUUCAUGACGUUGCCCCUGCCCAUCCCACUUUCGCAUCCAGGGACAGUCUCUGCUGAUCACAUCUCCCAAUCACAUCCUCCGCAUCUAAGGUCCUCAACACAGCUGGUGACAGAGUUCGCCGUCCGACAAACUUCUAUCAGGUAGUCAUUUUUAAAAUUUUGUAAUCUGUUUAGUUAUAGGAACUACCAUCAAUGCAAGCUGUAAAAUGACUCCCAACUUAUUCUGAACAAAAAUAUAAGUGUUGGUCCCAUGUUUCACGAACUGAAAUAAAAUAUCCCAGAAAUGUUC